AUGAAAAAAGGUCGUAAACCAUUAGAUGAAUAGAUCAAAAUCAAAAGAAAAUUAGAGUAAUUAUGGAAGGGAAAUUUUUUAAAUUUAGAACUUUUAGAAGAAUUUUAACUUUUAAAUAUCAAUCUUCCAUAAUCUAAACAAAUUUUUACUAAAGAUUUCAUAUUACAAUAUUAAAAAUAAAAAAACUAUAGAUGUGUUAAAAUUGUGACAUCAAAUCUUUUAAUUGAUUGUAGAACUAUAAGAUAAAAAGAAAUAUAAAAAGAAAAUGAAGUAUAGAAUUAAUAAGUGAAUGAAAACUAAUAAUAAUCAAUAUAAGUAUUUAAUGUUGAUAAUAGACCAUAAAAUUAAAAUAUUUAACUUCCUCCUGAAAAUAAUAAUAUUGAAUUAAUAGAUUAACCUUCUAUUAUUGAAAUUUUACCUUAAUAAUAAUCCUAAUCAAAAGAAAAUAUUCUUAAACCUUCUAAAUUAAAUAUUUAAUCAAAUAACUAGAGUAUUAUCGAAAUAUAACCCAUCCCUGUAACAAUAAUUAAAAAAUAAUUAAUUAUUGAGGAUAAUAAUUAAAAUUCCAAUUCAUUUUUAGAAAGUCCUUAAUCUAAAACAUAAAAUCCAAAAUUAUAAGAUAAGAUACCUAAAUACUUAUUAUAUGAACCAAGUCCUCCAAAUUCACCUUCUUUAAAUUUUAGUAAAUCUCUUUCGUAAAGUUUUGUCAAUCAAUUAAUGGAUGAAUCUUUUUUUGGAGAUGAAUAAUUGAAAUUGAGUGAAAGUCUAUUUGGAAAUAUUCCAAGAAUAAUAUAAGAUCCAAGUCCUAAUCAAUAUGAUUAAACAUUCACUAUGCUUAAGGCUAAAAUACAUGAUAUUUAACAAUCCUAAUUUGAGUAAUUAUUAAUAGCAUAUAACCAUAAUUUUUUGCAUAUACAAAAAAUCAUUUUAAAUGAUAUUAAUCAAAUUAAAUUACUGAUAUCAAAAUAUCAAAAGAAAAAGCCUAGAAUAAUAUGA